AGAGCGCUCUCGCGAUAUUUGGUCGGCGCGGCCGCCCCGCGCGCGGCCGGCCGGCCGGAGAUAUAAUCAAGGGGACGUCCGGCCAACGAAGUCCUAGAUAGUUACAGUCGCAGUCGCCACAGGCAAAGCGGAGAACAUGAAUUUCAUACCAAGAGCUUUGGCAAAAAAGCCUGUGAAGAGAAAUGUGCCAAUAGUGAAGAAAAAAGGGGCAAACAUACCUCAGAAUUCAUCUACCUCAUGUCAAGCAACAGCCCAGGUCCCAGCUGCCAAUUUUCCAAGUGCAGAAAUCAGAGAACCUCCAGGAAGAGAUGAUGAUAAGGGCACCAGUGGGAUAUCAUUGACUAGUGACCAACAGGAUGGUUGUAUUUCAGAAGGCAACAAGUGCAUGAAUCAAUCAAUACCUGUUGAUCACCCUCCUAGCGUUGAUGACUCAAAAAAUCCUGAACCAGUCCAGGCUUGUGGAUCACCGUCUUCACCAAAAGGUGUCACAUUAGGGAAUGAAAGGGAUGAAAUAUUCACUGAGAAUUCAGAGAGGACACGGACUGAGUCACAAGAAGACAAACUUCAAAGGCUUCAGGAGUUGAGUGAUCGAAUAUCAAGUCGAGCCACUGUCAUGGAAGGACACCAAGACAAGAUGUUUGGAGAGUCCUUAAAUGUACCUCAUGCCAAAAUAUCAUCUAGCCAAGCUGUGUAUGAGGAAACAAGGUUGAUCCAGGGUGUACAACGUGGCGUCCAAGAGGCAGAGAACUCUGAAAGCGAUGAGGAGCCUCCAUCCAUUGUAUCCUUCAGCAAGAACCAGCGUUGGCCAGACGAGGAUGAGCCAGUCUGUGUGGUGUGUGGGAAGUAUGGGGAGUAUAUAUGCGAUCAGACUGAAGCAGAUGUAUGCAGUCUAGAGUGUAAGGCAAAGAACUUGAUCAGGAGAGGAAUUCAACCCACUAUUCCCCAGACUAAGAAGCCAGCAGAUGAUACCUGCGUAUCUGUCCAGGAUACUGCUGCAGCUGAUGAUGUGAAUGAUUCACCUGAGGAGGAUGAUAAACCAUUCAUUUACAGCGAACAUCCAGAUAUCUCCGACCUCACAGCAGAGCGGGUGCAAGACAUCCGCAAUGAGGUUCAGAUUUUCGUUGAAGGCAUAAAUGUACAUAGGCCCAUCCUGGAGUUUGAGCAGCUUCGUCUUCCAGCUAAGAUCCAGAGUAAUCUCCAGUUAUCAGGAUAUGUGACCCCUACACCAAUCCAGAUGCAGGCUAUCCCGUCAGCCCUGGCGCUAAGAGACCUUAUGAUAUGUGCCCAGACCAGCUCGGGAAAAACCCUCUCAUUCCUCGUGCCUUCAGUGAUUAUCAUUUAUAACCAAGUACUAACAGGGUUUGGAAGCAAAGAUCCUUAUGUGCUUAUCCUGACCCCUACAAGAGAACUUGCCAUGCAGAUAGAAGAACAGGCUAAACAACUUAUGAAAGGAUUGUCAAGCAUGAAGACAGCACUCUUAGUUGGAGGGCUCCCUCUGCCACCGCAGUUGCACAGGUUGCACCAAGGUAUUCAGUUUAUUGUAGGUACACCAGGUAGGAUCAUGGACAUUAUCAACCAAGAAGGUGUUAAUCUGAGUGAUAUCAAGUUGGUUGUGAUUGAUGAGGUAGACACCAUGCUACAGUUUGGAUUCCAGCAGCAGGUCUAUGACAUCAUGACCCACUUACCAGACAACCACCAAACCAUCUUUACCUCGGCAACCAUUCCAACAUCCAUAGAGAAGAUGGCAUCAUCUCUUCUGAACAACCCCAUCUUCAUCUCUGUGGGAACGCCCAGCACUCCCUGUACCUCUGUGAAACAGGUCAUCUUAUGGGUGGAGGAACCAUCAAAGAAAAAGAAACUCUUUGCAAUUCUCCAAGAUCCCAAACAUUUCAGGCCACCAGCCUUAGUCUUUGUGAAUUCCAAACUAGGAGCAGAUCUUCUCGCUCAAGCAGUUGAAAAGUGUUGUGGUAUAUCUGUAGCAUCGUUGCAUGGAGACAAGCCUCAGAUUCAGCGUAAUGAGAUCCUGCAGGAGUUUAAAGAUGGUGCGCAUGAUGUCAUGAUCAGUACGGCUGUGCUAGGGCGUGGUAUUGACCUCCCAGGGGUCAAGAUGGUUGUUAACUUUGACAUGCCAGGGACAGUGGAAGAAUAUAUACAUCAGAUUGGGAGAACAGGGCGCUUAGGAACAUCUGGUACAGCCAUGACAUUCAUCAACAACAACAGCAAAAAGCUCUUCCUACAGUUGACCAGCCUGCUGAAACCUCUGGGUGUCCUGCUACCUCCCGAGCUGAUCAACUCACCCCAUCUUAGCUAUCAGAGACAGCAGCAUAGGUCAAGGGACAGGCAGGUGGAUGCUUCACGUCGCAUGCCUGGAGGCAGUGGAUACCAUCACACCAAGCGGAAUAGAGACAGAGAAAGCGUGACUGAUAUCUUGAAGAAAAGGAAAAGAAAGUUCAAGCCCUGAAGUUCCACUUAAGAUUCUUGUAAUGAAGAUCGUUACAACAGGUAUUCAUCUUUAAAGUCUCAAGCCAUCUUUCUAAUAACUUCUCUUGAUGUUCUUGGAAGACCAAGCUAUAACCUGAACAGGAAUAAUUGAGCCUCAGGCAUGAAGGGAAAUGAUGGGGUUCUAGGAAGACCAAGCUAUAACCUGAACAGGAACAAUCGAGCCUCAGGCAUGCAGGGAAAUGAUGCUGUGACCAGUUCCAGAUGCAGUGGAAAGAACUUCUAUCUCAAACAGCCAAGAACUUUACUGAAUAAGCCACCAAAUGUCAGUUUGUUUAAGUCAUGCAAAUUCUUUCAUAUUCUGAUUUCCUUGCCCAUUCUAUCUACCUCCAUUUGAAUCAAGACUUUCGAGUGAGUUGUAUAAAAGGGGUUUGUUUGUCAAAUGAUAUUCAGUUUAGAAUUAAUGAAGAAUAAAGCCCAGGAAAAGAUAGCCUGGUCAAAAGUGAUUAAGUUCCCUCGGCGAAACAUAUUUUGGAAGCUUCCAAAUAAUUUGUCAUAAUUGGAGUAAUUGCUCUUUUGUACCCAAUUUAUUUUGUAAUUUUGAAGAAAACCUUGCAUACACUGAAUAAAAAAUGAAUUUAAAAGUAA